AAGGGAAGAUAUAGGUAGUAGUAGUAGUUGCUGUCCCGCCUGUGCGGUUAUUCACUUGGUCACGUCACUGUGUGAAAAGAAGCUGACUGGAAAGAGCGAAAAGCGAAGGAAGAAAGAACGAACGAACGAAAGCUAAAAAGUGUGUUUGAUUGAUAUACUGAUUACUCAUUCAGGGUUUCCGCGUCGAUCUCUCUCUUUGUUUCUUCGCUCUUCGCCAUGGCGGAGCGUGCUUCUUACGGAUUGGGACCUCGAUUAGAUAUUCAGCAAUUACAGCUUGAAGCUCAGCAUAGGUGGUUGCGCCCUGCAGAAAUAUGUGAAAUUCUUCGCAAUUAUCAGAUGUUUCAAAUCACGCCAGAACCACCUAACAAGCCACCGAGUGGUUCCCUUUUUCUUUUUGAUCGGAAGGUUUUAAGGUACUUUAGGAAGGAUGGACAUAAUUGGAGAAAGAAAAAAGAUGGAAAGACUGUGAGGGAAGCUCAUGAGAAGUUGAAGGUGGGAAGUGUUGAUGUGUUACACUGCUACUAUGCCCAUGGAGAAGAAAAUGAAAAUUUUCAGAGGCGAAGCUAUUGGAUGCUUGAACCGGACAUGAUGCAUAUAGUAUUUGUUCACUACUUGGAUGUCAAGGUUAACAAAACCAAUAUUGGUGGAAAUACAUAUACUAAUAAUGAGGCUUCAUCAGAUUCCCAGAAGGACAGUUCUUUGUCAUCUGGCUUUCCCAGAAGUUAUGGUAGUGUGCCUUCAGGAAGCACAGAUUCCAUGAGCCCAACUAGCACUUUGACAUCAUUAUGUGAAGAUGCUGAUUCAGAGGAUAUUCAUCAAGCGAGUUCAGGAUUACACACUUAUCGAGAAUCACAAAAUUUGGGGAAUGAUUGUUUGAAGGACAAGAUUGAUGCUAGUUCAAAUAGUUCAUAUGUUGUGCAUCCAUUUUCAGGUGAUCAUGGGCAGUUACCAAUUUCUGGAACAGAAUAUGUCCCCCUUGUUCAAGGUGAGAGGUCUGGAGCAAGUGAUACCACCUACAUUGAGGGUCAGAGUGUGCAUGGCAUUGCAUCCUGGGACUAUGCCAUGGAACAGUCUACUGGAAAGCAUACCAAUCCUUCUCUUGUUUCAUCUACAUCCAUUCCAUCAAGUGCAUUCGGAAAUGUCUCCACUGAAGAGGAAAGGAACUCUCAGCCUGUCCAAUCAAAUUGGCAGAUUACUUUUGAAGACAAUACAGGAGAAUUGCCUAAGUGGGGCUUUACCCAAUCAUCGGGUUUGGAACUUGGAUCUGAUUAUAUUCCUAGUUUACUGGGUGAUGUGACUAAUAAUGCAAGUCCAGAAACUGUUCCUGAGCUGUUCACUUUUAACGGCGAGGCUAAAGAACAGUCAGUGCAUCAAAACUUCUCAAAGCAAUAUACACAAGCACAAUCUCAACCUGCGCUGAAAUCCAAUUCUGAGUAUGAAGUUCCUGGUGAAGCAAAUAUCAACUAUGCCUUGACGAUGAAGCGUGGAUUAUUGGAUGGAGAGGAGAGCUUAAAGAAGGUUGAUAGUUUCUCUAGGUGGAUUACUAAAGAACUUGCAGGUGUGGAUGAUCUGCAUAUGCAGUCUUCCCCUGGCAUUUCAUGGAGCACAGAUGAAUGUGGGGAUGUGAUUGAUGAUACCUCAUUGAACCUGUCCCUGUCUCAGGACCAGCUGUUUAGCAUAAAUGAUUUUUCACCUAAAUGGGCUUAUGCUGAAUCAGAAAUUGAGGUAUUGAUUGUUGGAACAUUUUUGAAGAGUCAACCUGAGGGGGCAACAUGUCACUGGUCCUGUAUGUUUGGGGAAGUGGAGGUUGCUGCUGAGGUUUUAGCUAGCGGAAUUCUGUGCUGUCAAGCUCCACCUCAUAAAGUUGGUCGAGUUCCCUUCUACGUUACAUGUUCCAAUAGGUUUGCUUGUAGUGAAGUUCGGGAAUUUGAGUACAGAGAGGGAUUUGAUAGAAACAUAGAUUUUGCAGAUUUUUUUAACAGUUCAACUGAAAUGGUGCUUCAUUUGCGACUGGUUGGGUUACUGUCUUUAAACUCGGUACACACUUCGUAUCAAGUGUUUGAUGGUGAUAUGGAGAAAAGAAACUUAAUUUUCAAGCUUAUUUCACUGAAGGAGGAAGAGGAAUAUUCAAGUAAGGAAGAGGCAACUGUUGAGAUGGAUAUAUCAAAACACAAACUGAAGGAACAUAUGUUUCACAAGCAGGUUAAAGAGAAGUUGUACUCAUGGCUACUUCACAAAGUAACUGAAACUGGUAAAGGGCCUCUUGUACUAGGAGAGGAGGGGCAAGGCGUGUUUCAUUUAGUUGCUGCUCUUGGUUAUGAUUGGGCUAUAAAACCAAUCAUAACUGCUGGAGUCAAUAUCAACUUCCGUGAUGUGAAUGGAUGGACAGCUCUACACUGGGCUGCAUUCUGUGGCCGAGAGCGAACAGUUGCAAUCCUUGUCUCCAUGGGUGCAGCUGCUGGAGCAUUGACAGAUCCAUGUCCAGAAUUUCCUUCGGGUAGAACACCUGCAGAUCUUGCUUCUGGCAAUGGCCACAAAGGAAUUUCUGGUUUUCUUGCAGAGUCAUCAUUAACUAGUCACCUCGAAUCACUCACAAUGGAUGAAAAUAAAGAUGGUAGGACAGAAACUUCAGGAAUGAAAGCAGUGCUAACAGUUUCAGAGAGAAGUUCGACACCUGUGAUUCAUAGUGAUAUACCACCUGUGAUUUAUGGUGAUAUACCAGAUGCUAUCUGCCUUAAGGAUUCUCUUGAUGCUGUUCGUAAUGCUACACAAGCUGCUGAUCGUAUACACCAAGUAUUCAGAAUGCAGUCAUUUCAGAGGAAGCAGUUGGCUGCUCAGUAUGAAGAUGAUGAAUUUGGAUUAUCAAAUCAACAAGCUCUUUCCCUCCUAGCUUCUAAGGCACGCAAAUCUGGACAAGGAGAGGGUUUAGUCAAUGCUGCUGCAAUACAAAUACAGAAAAAGUUCCGUGGUUGGAAGAAGAGAAAAGAAUUCCUGAUCAUUCGUGAAAGAAUUGUUAAAAUCCAGGCCCAUGUAAGAGGUCACCAGGUGAGAAAGCAGUAUAAAUCAAUCAUUUGGUCCGUGGGAAUACUGGAAAAGGUCAUAUUGCGGUGGAGGCGCAAGGGUGCUGGCUUACGUGGAUUUCGACCAGAAGUCCUGAACAAGGUCCCUGACCAACAACCAAGCGAAUCUGUGAAAGAGGAUGAUUAUGAUUUUCUUAAGGAAGGAAGGAAACAGAGUGAAGCAAGGUUCCAAAAGGCCCUUUCACGGGUGAAGUCCAUGGUUCAGUAUCCAGAGGCACGGGCUCAGUACCGGCGGGUGCUGAAUGUAGUGGAGGAUUUCCGUCAAACCAAGGGAAGUAAUUUGAAUUCGAUGAAUUCGGAAGAGACAGUUGAUGGUGUGGAGGAUUUGAUUGAUAUUGACAUGCUUUUAGAUGAUGAGAAUUUCUUACCUAUAGCAUUCGAUUGAUUCUCUGCUGUGGCUCCACCUCUCAGUAAAUAGAUGGCCAGUUGGUUUUAUUUGGCAUUGGAAAGGUCCUAACAUGUACUGCUGUAUAUAUAUAAUAUAUAAUAUAAUAUCAUCAGAAGUCAGAACUGCUUGGAUCCUAGGCCUUCCUGUUUUGUAGCAGAAAAAAUGGAUCCAAGGUUGGGUUAUAAAUAGAUUAUGAAUCCUAGAAUGUGUUCAGGCUUGACAGUUAAAAUAUAUUAUAGACAUGGUUUAAUUUUAUAUAUGGUGAUUUGUAUAUGACAGGAUGAUUUUAUUUAGAUUGAAAUGUUUUUAA